AUGGACAUGUAUGAGGUGAGGAGCACCUAUGCUUGCUCACAGCGAGCAGACGGGCAGGAAGAUGGAGAAGACUCUGGAGACCAGGAGAACAACCCAGGUAAGAUAACGCUGACACUUGGAAGUGAUGAAGCAACCAUUAUCUCAGGAACAAAGCUUGCUAAACAAGUUUUGAAAGAAGUUCAAAGGGAUGUAGAAUCGUGGAUAUCCUUUGGAAACAAGAGACCUCAUCUCACUGUCAUAUUAGUAGGAGACAAUCCAGCUAGUCAUAUCUAUGUCAGAAACAAGAUAAAAGCAGCUGCAGCUGUAGGCAUUUCUAGUGAGAUCAUACUGAGGCCUAAAGAAGUUUCUCAGGAAGAACUCUUGGAUAUGACGGUAAAACUCAACAAGGAUUCAACUGUUAGUGGUUUAUUAGUUCAGCUACCUCUCCCAGAUCACAUAGAUGAACGAACAGUUUGUAACGCUAUCGCACCUGAAAAGGAUGUGGAUGGAUUUCAUGUUAUGAAUAUCGGACGUCUGUGUCUUGAUCAACCUUCUAUAAUACCUGCCACUGCUGCUGCCGUGUGGGAAAUCAUAAAACGAACAGGAAUACAAACAUUUGGAAAAAAUGUUGUUGUAGCUGGAAGAUCUAAGAAUGUUGGAAUGCCAAUUUCAAUGCUUUUACAUACUGAUGGAGAGCAUGAAAGGCCUGGAGGUGAUGCUACAGUGACCAUUACUCACAGAUACACACCAAAAGAGCAGCUCAAGGUCCAUACGCAACUCGCUGACAUUGUGAUAGUAGCUGCAGGUAUCCCAAAGUUGAUUACAACUGAUAUGGUCAAAGAAGGUGCAGCUGUGAUUGACGUAGGCAUCAACCAUAUCCACGAUCCUCUUACGGGAAAGACCAAAUUAGUUGGGGAUGUGGACUUUGAAGAAGUGAAGAAGAAGGCUGGCUUUAUCACUCCAGUGCCAGGAGGGGUAGGACCUAUGACGGUUGCAAUGCUUCUGAAGAACACACUUGUAGUUGCUAAAAAGCUCAUUUACUAG